AUGGCUCACUUGAUAGCGUCUAGCUCGGUAGCACCCACUUACAAUAACGGAGCCGCGUAUGCGUCGCUCCAGCAUUGCUCGCAACCCGCGCCUGACGUGCGUUUCUUGCAUCCCAACAUGGGUUCGUCACACCCCACGUCCGCACCACUCUCGUCCUCCACUCCUUGGCCUUUUCAAAACGCUCCGUCAUGUCCGCCGCAACAGCCGUUACCCCAGAACUCGCAAUAUCCGCCGUCGCCCGCGCAGCCAGCAGGCACGCCGCUUAGAAAUCACCCCUCGUUGCCUCUGCACGCGCCAGCUGCGCACUCCAUGAAUUAUGGGCCUCGGAACGCUGCCGCUACAGCCAAUAAUGGAAACCACAUGCCGUCUGCUCACGGCGUGCAAUUUGGUGCCCCUGACGGGCAGGCUGCUUUUAACGGUCAAGUGGGUCUUUCGGCGCCGAGUCCUGCGUUCAACCGUCAGGCCGUCGGAGCGUCAGGUCCAUCGGCAAACCAUCCGAAUCGGCUGCGGCAGAACCAGGCGAACCUGAACCAUUCGGGUGCAACCGCUCCCUUAUUCCAAACCUCCGCCGCCGCUGGCUUGCCCACUCCGUCCAUUCCUUCUGCUCCUCCUUCCGCCCGUUCCGCGCCUUCCCCUCCUUCCGCGCCUUCCGCGCCUUCCGUGUCUUCCGCGCCUUCUGCGCCAUCCGCGGGUUCUCAAUUCCACCCCGCUCCCUCGACGGCUAACGCGGUGGGCUGUCCGUCCGCCGUUUCCGCCGCGUCCGCCGUUCACUCCGGCAAUUCAGCCGCGUCACCCGCUGCUCCACCGCAGAUGUCGAACGGCGUGGGGCCUCGCAUGACUGGGAGACCCGCUGCUCCCGCUACUGUGUCCACUGCUGCGUACGCCGCUGCCUCCGCUGCCGCGUCUGCUGCUGCUCCUGCUCCCGCUCCUGCGCCCAACAGUGUGGAAUUUCGGGCGAACGUGAUUAGGAUGGUCGUUGAGGAGGGUGCGAGGAGCAGAGCGGGCGCCGUCCAACAUGGGUCGCGAAGUGGCGGCAUGCCGGCUACAGCUGCUACAGCUGUUGCGUGCGACACUCUUGUCGCCGCCAUGUCGUCGGGUCCAGCUGCUGCUUCACUCUCCGCUCCCCCUGCCUCCCGCUCUGUCCCCCCUGCUUCCGCCCUCCGCCCGCCUUCCGUCCGCGCGCCUGUCUCCUUUUCCCAACCACCUGCCGCCACCGUUGCGCCUGCCGCCAACCCGGCUGCCGCGGUGGCCGUUGCACCCGCGACAUUGAAUGCAGCAGGCGCACCGGGCGCGCGCCUAACGCUGUGCGACGCAGACGCGCCACUCUUCCCCGACUCUCGCCUUCCCAAUCUCUCCGCUGCUGCCUCUGCGCCGUCCGUCUCCCCAUCCCCUACCACUUUCCUCUCCGCUCCCACUUCGCACCCUGCGCCCACUCCUCUCUCCGCGCCCUCUCCUCCCGCACCCACUCCCCCCGCGCCCACUCCCCCCGCACCAGCUUCUUUCGCGAGCCCCUCUUCUCCCGCAUCGGUUCCAGCUCACCCGCCUCCCGCCGUUCUUGCCCCCUCCGUUCCUACCCCUUCCGCUCCUAUUCCCUCCGCUCCUACCCCCUCCGCCCCUACCCCCUCCGCGCCAACCCCCCCCGCUCCUACCCCCGCCGCUCCUGCCCCCUCCUUUCCUAACCCCUCCGCUCCUACUACCCCCGUCCAUACUCCUUCCGCGCCUUCCAGUGACGCAGCAGGGUCGUUAGCCAAUCAGAGAGCAGCAAGUGUGCCGUCGCGGGGCGCUAUGAUGGCGCUGGCGGCGGCAGCGGGAGGGGAUGCUGAAGCGGACAUGAGGGAAGUGUACUUUCUCAUCCUGCACUUUUUAACGGGCAGCCCGUGCCGUCGGGCAGCAGAAGUUUUGAAAGAGGAGCUGGAGGAGUUGAAUCUGCUUCCACAGCGGUACCAUGCGGUGUACUCGCACGGGGGAAGGCGGACAGGUGCAAGCAGCACGAGUGAGGGGAGUGCACGUGGGAAGGUGGGGAUGGUGGGCGCGCAGGGGAGGGCUGGUGAAGGUGGGGGGAGGGCAGGAGGCGUGGAGGGGGAGUCAGAGAUGACAGUACCAAUGAGCUACGAGGAGCUGAAGGAGAGGUACUCGCACAUAACCCCCAACCACCUCUUCCUGCUGCUGCAGGAGCUGCUGCAGUCAGAGACGGGCGGAGGGGUGUGUUCGCGGGCGGCCAGGGCUGCCAAUGCUCGAGCGGCGUCGCUGGCGGUGGCGUCGCCUGCGCUGCUGCUGAGCCGCAUGCAGCAGGUCAAGGUGCUGCGCGGCCACCGCAACGCCGUCUACUGCGCGGUGUACGACCACGGGGGGCGGUACCUGAUAACGGGGUCAGACGACCGUCUGGUGAAGAUCUGGAGCAUGCACCACGGCAUCUGCCUCGCCACCUGCCGCGCACACACGUGGGAGCUACCCAGUGGGCAUCUGGAGGUGACGCUGGUGGGCCAUGCAGACGCUGUCACCGCUGUCGCAUUCAGCCCCACCACUCACCACCACCUCCUAUCGGCAUCGGAGGAUGGCACGUGCCGUCUGUGGAACGUCACUGCCGCAGCUGACAGCACCUGCCUGCGCCUCUUCCUGCCCGCCUCCCACGGUACUUCUACCAUCUGCUCCCACCCUCUACUCCUCUCUACUCUUGCUCUCCGCUCCACCCUCUGCUGUGCGUUUUCCCCUCACAAGUCCACAGCCGUCCCCACUGCCUCAUGCCACCUUUUUCCAUCUCACGCCCACUUGCUCCUCUGCACUUCCUUCCAUAACUCAACCCUCUCUCCCCUCCCCUCCCCAAAUACUUGGAUCUCCAUCCCCUUCCCCCCCGGGGCGUUUGUCAACCGCAUGCAGCAGGGGGCCGCCGAGCUUACUCCUGAGGAGCGCACCGAGAUGCUGCCCCCCAAAGUGCUGUGUGCUGCCUUCAACGCUGAGGGCUCGCUGUUUGUCACGGGCAGCGAGGACGGGCGCACCAGGGUGAGUGAGGAUGGGCGCACCAGGCAGGAGGUGACGUCUGGUGGGGACGAGGAGGGGAGGGGUGUGGGGGAGAAGGGGAAGGGAAGUGCGGAGGGGGUGAAGAGGAAGGACAAGGACAAGGAGAGGCGCCUCACCUCCCUCAACACGGCCAACCGGCCGGGAGUGGAGGCGAUAGUGUCGUGUGCGCGAGAUGGCACCGCCUUCAUCUGGCGGCCCCGCGGCCGCCGCGUGCAUGUGAGUGGGCGCCCUGAAAGGCAGCACACGGCCUCGUGCCGAGCAUGCAUUAGCGCAUACGCAUGCAUGCUCGCCUUCCUUCACCCCAUUCACCCUGCCUUCCUCCCCCUCCAUCCUACAUCACCUCUCAUUGCCUCUCGCUUGUCUGCCCUCACCACCUCCACCCCCCAACCUCCGUCCGCUUGUGCCCUCCCCCGCCCUCAGGGCAAGCACCAGCACUGGCACAAGGCGCUGCAGCUCACUGCCCCCCCGCGCCCCCUGGCUGUGCCUGGGGUUGGUGCUCGCUGCCCUCACAGGUGCGCUGCCCUCACAGGUGCGCUGCCCUCACAGGUGCGCUGCCCUCACAGGUGCGCUGCCCUCACAGGUGCGCUGCCCUCACAGGUGCGCUGCCCUCACAGGUGCGCUGCCCUCACAGGUGCGCUGCCCUCACAGGUGCGCUGCCCUCACAGGUGCGCUGCCCUCACAGGUGCGGCAGGGGCAGGGGCAGGGGCGAACAUGAUCAUGUGGUCGCUGGACUGCCAGUUGGUGCUCGCCGCCCUCACAGAUGCGCGCAUCUGUGUGUGGCAGGCGGGCACAGGCGAGCUCGUGCACUGCCUCACUGCACACCUGGAGCAGGCGUUUGUGCUGGACGUGCAUCCCACGGAUCCGCGCAUUGCCAUGAGCGCGGGGUAUGACGGCCGGGUUAUCGUGUGGGACAUCUGGAAGGGACAGCCAAUCGCCAUCCGCCACGUCACCAACUUCCAACUCGUCGACGGGCACUUCUCUCCGGACGGCACGGGGUUGGUGGUGGCGGAUGAGGUGGGGCAGGUGUAUGUGUUUGCCACGGGGGACAAGAAACAAUGGGCGCACAUCCACAUGGACCAGUUCUUCCUGGGCGACUACCGGCGGUUCGCCCUCGACUCAUUCCACAACGCCCUCGAUGAGGAGACGAACGUGCUAACAGAGGAGCGCACGUGGAUGGACCCCAUAUGCGAUGCGGGCAUGCAGCCCUACCCCGACCCCUACCAGGCGCGCUUCACCGCGCUGCGCUUCGCCCUGCUCCAACGCCCCUACCACCCGCCCACCGCCCCGCUGAGGCGCAUGGUGGCUCAACGCACCCAGGCCGCACAGGCUCUGCAGCAGCACGCUCUUGCCACGGCACAGGAGGGAGGGGAGGCGAAGGAGAAAGAUGAGGCAAAGGAGGAUGAUGAGGAUGAUGAGGAGGACGUGGUGGAGGCAGAGGAGGAUGAGGAGGGGGUGGAGGGGAUGGGGGAGGAGGAAGAUGAGGAGGAAGUGAUGGAGGAGAUCGCAUCAGAGGAGGAGAUCAGACCUGCCCAAAUAAAACCUGCCCUGCUGAGACCUGCUGGGAUGGGCGUGGGUGCAGCACGAGGUGAUGCUGCCUUUGAUCGCUCUGCCCCGGCAGGUGGUGCGGAGGAGGUUUGGAAGGACGAGGAGGAGGAGGAAGAGGAGGAAGAGGAGGAGGAAGAGGAGGAGGAAGAGGAGGAAGAGGAGGAGGAAGAGGAGGAGGAAGAGGAGGAAGAGGAAGAAGAGGAGGAAGAUCAGGGGAAUUGGAAAGCAGGGGCAGGGGAAGGGGGAGGGGCAGGGGCAGAGGGAGAGGGAGAGGCAGGGGGAGGGGAGCUGGGAGUGCAUCUGGACGGGGGGGACAAGGGAGGGGCGCGGGCGGCAGAGGAAGAGGCAGCAAGGCACGCAUUGCAGGAUCAGGUGGGGAAGGGAGCAGGGCGCGGGUGGGGACAAAGAGGGCUUGGGGAGGUGUGGGAGAGAGGGGCAGGCGAGCUUUGGGGAGAGGGGCAUGCAGGUGGGGACAGUGGGGGUGGGAAGAGGGGCGAGGGGGGUGACGUGGUGAAGGGAGGACACGUGUUGAGGGCUAGGACACCCCGGGGGAAGGGGAAGGGGGAAGAGAAAGGAGAGGCGAGGAAGAGAAAUGAGGGACAUGAGAGUGAGGAGGAGGAAGAGAGUGAGGAGGGGCAAGAGAGUGAGGAGGGGCAAGAGAGUGCCGAGGAACAAGAGCGAACAGCGAGUGAGAAAGGGCGCAUUUCCAAUUCGGUCGUGCAGAGUGCGUCGCGCCAUACUGACGAACGUGAAGCCGUGCGUGGGGUGGGCGCUGUGUGGGCUGUGCAGAUGACGACGACGCCUGGCGCCCCUCCAAGCGCUCCCGCUGCUGACUCCGCGCCGGCUGGCGCUGCUGACACUGCCGCUGCUAACAAUCUGACUGCUGCUGGCGCUGGUGCAGGUGGCGGUGCGGCAGCAGUGGCAGCAGCAGGAGCAGCGCACGGGGGCCUGCCAGUGGCGGUGCCGGCCGGCACGAGGAGGAAGAGGAACGCGCGCGGGACAGCAAUGCAGCGCACAGGCCGCACAGACAGACUGGGAGGAGGGGGCGCGCAGGAGGUUGAGGGCGGCGGUGGGGCGGGUGUGUGUGCUCUGGCGCUGCUGCUUCCCCGCACAGCAGCGCCCGCUGCUGCUGCGUGUGAGGGUGGUGGUGCAGACAUGGGCGGUGCAGGGAGCGGUGCAGGACAGCAGGAUGGUGCACAGGCAGAUGAAGGGGUUGAUGGAGGGGCAGGUGAAGGGGCAGGUGAAGGGGCAGGUGAAGGGGCAGGUAGUCAUGUUGAGUGCGAGACAGUGGUUGGAGAGAAGGGAGCGACUGGCGAGGAGGAAGGAAAGGGAGAGGAUGUGAGGAAAGGGGGGGAGGGCGAGAGCGCAGACGAGGGUGCGAGAGAGGCGGGUGCAGGUGUGGCGGCGGGUGAGGGGGAUUGGAAGGUAGAGGAGGGAGGCCAUUUUGAGGCAGAGGAGAGUGGAGGGAAGGAUGGGAGGGAUGGGAUGAAGCUGGACGGGCACGAGGAGAGUGAGGGCGAGCAGGGAAUGGCAAAUGCCAAUGCUGGUGCCGCUGGUGGUGCUUCUUGUGCGGAGACUGCUGCUGAUGCUGCUGGCGCGGAUGGUGCAGCGAUGGAGGGCUGUGCAGCAGCAGAGGGCGCAGAAGGUUGGUUGCUGCCGGGUGUUGUGGGGGCGGAGAGCAUUGCGGGCAGUGAGGGCGCAGGGGGUGCGGGGGACGCAGGGGAGUGGGGGGAGGAAGGGGGGGAGAUGAUUGCGCGCAAGGAGGAGCUGUUUGUUGAGCUGUUUGGGGAGGAGGGCGCGGAGGACGGCGCAGGGCUGCCUGCGGACGACCUGCUCAGCCCGAUUGGUGCUGGGGCGGGGGGCACUGAGGAGGGCGGUGGGGGGGAGGUUGGUAGAGAGGAGGGCGGUAGGGAGGAGGGCGAUGGGGAGGAGGGCGUCAAGGAGGAGGGAGACGGAGGCAAUACCAGCGAGAGGAAUGGGUGUGAUCGAGGGGAUGCAAAAAGGGAGCCAGGGCGUGAGGGGGACAGCGGUGGUGGGCAAGCAGGGAGCGAUGGUGGCAUGAAGGCGCAAUGCAGUGAACGGGGCAGCAGUGAGGAACAGCAUGCAUGCGCGGUUGGUGCGACUUGUGAUGCUCCCCCUGCUGUCAGGGCUGGCAGUGCAGAAGAGGCUAGAGAGCAGGCUCGCGAGGAGGGUGGGAGGAGUGCAGAGGGGGGUGCUGAGGAGCAGCGGUGUGCCAUGGAGGAAGGGGAGGGCCGGGAUGACGCGGAAGGGAAUGCCGGGGGCGAGCAGAGGGAGGAGGGUGCACAUGGUGGCGGCGAUGGUGGUGGGAUCAGCGAGGGCGAGAGAAGAGGGAGUGGCGCAGCUGAUGGGGAGGAGGCUUGUGUGGGGAGAGGAGAGGGACAGGGGGAAGCAGAGCAGGGGGAUGAGAGGGGGAAGGGGGAGGAGAGGGAUGGUCUGGGCGAGGAUGGUGGGGCGAAUGGGGAGUGCGAGAGGGUGGGAGAUGGUGGGGCGACGGGGGCAGGAAAGGAUGAGCGAGAUGCAAGUGGUGAUGCGGUCAAGGGGGAUGGGGCGAAGGAGGAGUGUGAGGGGAACGAUGCGCUCAGAAUAGAGCAAGAGGGGAGGAUGAGUGGGAGGAGGAAUGUGAGGAGGCGGCUGGAGCAUGGGAAGAGAGAGGCAGGGGAGGGUGCUGAUGGGGAAGGUACAGGGGAGAAUGGGAAUGGGAUUGAGAGCAUUGCGUUGCAGAAAGAGGAGUCGGAGCAUGAUACAGGCGAUGAUGGUGAGGAGGACGGGGAGGAAGAUGAGGAAGAGGGGGCAAAGAGUGAAGAGGAGGCGGAAGAGGCCGAGGAGGAAGAGGGGGACGAGGAGGAGAGUGAGUCAUAUGGUGAUUCAAGUGAGGGUGAUGGGAGUGAUGAAAGUGAGGGGAGUGAUGAGGGUGGUGAGAGUGAUAGGAGUGAUGGGAGUGACGCAAGUGAGGAAAGUGAGGUGAGUGAGGGGAGUGAGGACAUGGGGGGGCAGAGGAAGAGGAAGAGGGCAGCGCCUCCACAAACCAGGAGCACUCGCCGCCGCCGGGGCAAGCGGGCCACACGCACACAAACAGCAGGGCGACAGCAGCGGGGCAGGCAGAGCACCGCACAGCACCGGACCCCACCCUCUCGGCGUGCUGCUCCCACCACGCCUCGCGUGAACCACACUGCGAGCCCACGUCUGCGCCCACGUCUCUCUGCCUCGCCUGCUGCCACGCCCACCGCCUCCGGCGCUCGCAGCUCCCCCCUGGCCCUCUCCUCCAGAGGCCCCCGCCUCGCUGCCACUACCCCGCGCGCUUCCCCCCGUCUUACAGCCACGGCGCCCUCUCCUGGGACAGUGGGGGCUGAGGCGAGAGGAAGUCGCGAUGGAGAGAGGGGCGAUGGGGGCGGGAGGGCAGCGGGCCGGGUGCGAGCGGGUGCGGGGUGGGUGGGAGCGACAGAGUGGAGGGAGGGCGACCCUUACCUGCCUGAGGUGGGUGAUGACGUCAUCUACUGCUUCCAGGGCCACCUCAGCUUCCUGGAAAGUGCUGGGCGCAGCCGCAGCCGCGGGCUGGACGAGAAGCUUCGGAGGAAGCUGCGGCCGGCGGAGCCGUGUGUGGUGGAGGAGGUGGGGUACUACUGGGUGGAGAGCGGUGGCAGGGGGGCGGGGCAGGGGCGGCGAGGGGGAGGCAGGGGGGCAGGGGAGGCACGGCGAGUGGGGUGCAGAGCGGUGCUGCGGGUUGUGGAGAGUGAGAGCCCGGCGUGUGGGGAGAGGGUGGGCGUGGAGGUGGAGGAGGAGGGCGAGGAGUAUGUGGUGGAACGCUGGCGCUAUGAUGCUGCCAUGGCCAAGGGCUGGCACCCCAAACAGCACUGCCUGGCGUAUUGGAGCAGGGAGUCGCUGCCAGCGGGCCUCAAGCCACCGCCCCUGCCGGAGUCGGCAUCGGGCAGGGCAGUGGCAGAGCACCCGCGUGCAGUGCUGUUCCGCGGCCGCAUCCAGACAGACAGCCCCUUCGACCCCGCCCUGCCCCUCAGCCCCUGGCGCAGUGUGGAGAGGCAGAGCGCAUGGGAGCUGCUGGACCCCGACCCUGCACUCUGGCCCACUCGCCCCGCCAUGCCCGCACACCUGCUCGCUGCGGCCCGGGAGGCACUGCGCGCGGUGGAGCAGGACGAGGAGGUGCAAGACACACUGCACCUGCUCUACUCGCCCGACUCCUCCCACGCUGCACUCUCCAGCAUCCCAGUGCCCAUGAGCGUGGCACUGGUGCAGGCGCGCAUGGCAUCGGGGUGGUACCGCUCACUGGACGCACUGCUGCACGACACCACCCUCAUCGCCUCCAAUGCCCUCCACCUCCACGGCGCCGCCCACCCUAUCGCUGCUGCUGCCGCCCACUUCUCCUCACAGUUUGCCGCCCGCCUCAAGGCCCUCACUAGUGAGAGCAGGGAGUGA